UUGCGGGCUCCGCCCCAGGAUGUGAGGUGUGGUUGUCCAGCUUUUGCCAAAGCGGAAACACUUCGGGCCCCGGGGCCGGUGUGAAUCUAUUUCACCCGUCAGAUUCUGUUUUACAAAAGGACGCCGCGGAUCAGCGGUGGCGACAGUUGGAGAGGGACGUUCCCGGGAAGUUACCGGCCAGAGAAAUCUAUCUCCACCCUGCCACCUGACAGGUCACAACCAUGUCAGACAAAAGUGAAUUAAAAGCUGAGUUGGAACGUAAGAAGCAACGGUUGGCCCAAAUCAGAGAAGAAAAGAAGAGGAAAGAAGAGGAAAGGAAAAAAAAGGAAACUGAUCAGAAGAAGGAAGCUGCUGUUUCUGUGCAAGAAGAGUCUGAUCUUGAAAAAAAAAGAAGAGAAGCGGAGGCAUUGCUUCAAAGCAUGGGGCUGACUACAGACACCCCUAUCGUCCCUCCUCCUAUGUCUCCAUCCUCCAAGUCGGUGAGUACGCCAAGUGAAGCUGGAAGCCAGGAUUCCGGAGAUGGCGCCGUGGGAUCUAGGACGCUGCAUUGGGAUACAGAUCCAUCAGUUCUUCAGCUUCACUCAGAUUCCGAUUUGGGACGAGGACCUAUUAAACUUGGAAUGGCCAAAAUUACUCAAGUUGACUUUCCCCCUCGAGAAAUCGUCACAUAUACAAAGGAAACUCAGACCCCAGUUACAACUCAACCCAAAGAAGACAGAGAAGCUGAAAGAAGAGGUGAUUAUCAAGGCUUAUCAGGUAAUGAGGAGGAGGAAGAUGAUGUAGCGAUUCCUAAACCUCCUGCAGAACCUGAAGAAGAGAAAACUUUGAAAACAGACGAGGAGAGCGAUAGCAAAGCACCCCCCCAUGAACUAACUGAAGAAGAAAAGCAACAAAUUUUACACUCAGAAGAAUUUUUAAGUUUCUUUGACCAUUCUACACGGAUUGUAGAAAGAGCCCUUUCUGAGCAGAUUAACAUCUUCUUUGACUACAGUGGGAGAGACUUGGAAGACAAGGAAGGGGAGAUUCAAGCAGGUGCUAAGCUAUCAUUAAAUCGACAGUUUUUUGAUGAGCGUUGGUCAAAGCAUCGAGUUGUUAGUUGUUUGGAUUGGUCAUCCCAGUAUCCAGAAUUACUUGUGGCUUCCUAUAAUAACAAUGAAGAGGCUCCUCAUGAGCCUGAUGGUGUGGCCCUCGUGUGGAAUAUGAAAUACAAAAAAACUACCCCAGAGUAUGUGUUCCACUGCCAGUCAGCUGUAAUGUCUGCUACAUUUGCAAAAUUUCAUCCAAAUCUUGUUGUUGGAGGUACAUAUUCAGGCCAAAUUGUGCUUUGGGAUAACCGUAGCAAUAAAAGAACUCCUGUCCAGAGAACACCACUGUCAGCUGCUGCACACACACACCCUGUCUACUGUGUAAAUGUUGUUGGAACACAAAAUGCUCAUAAUUUGAUUAGCAUCUCUACUGAUGGAAAAAUUUGUUCCUGGAGUUUGGACAUGCUUUCCCAUCCACAGGAUAGCAUGGAGUUGGUUCAUAAACAGUCAAAGGCAGUAGCUGUAACAUCCAUGUCUUUCCCUGUUGGAGACGUCAACAACUUUGUUGUGGGCAGUGAAGAAGGUUCUGUGUAUACAGCAUGCCGCCAUGGCAGCAAAGCUGGAAUCAGUGAGAUGUUUGAGGGACACCAGGGACCCAUCACUGGAAUCCACUGUCACGCGGCUGUUGGAGCAGUGGACUUCUCACAUCUGUUUGUCACUUCGUCUUUUGAUUGGACAGUAAAACUUUGGACAACUAAGAAUAACAAGCCUUUGUACUCAUUUGAAGAUAAUUCAGACUAUGUCUAUGAUGUUAUGUGGUCACCCACCCACCCAGCCCUGUUUGCCUGUGUGGACGGCAUGGGGAGACUGGAUCUAUGGAAUCUCAACAAUGACACAGAGGUACCAACUGCCAGCAUUUCUGUGGAGGGCAACCCUGCUCUUAAUCGUGUGAGAUGGACCCACUCAGGAAGAGAAAUCGCCGUGGGUGAUUCUGAAGGACAGAUUGUCAUAUAUGAUGUGGGAGAGCAGAUCGCUGUUCCCCGAAAUGAUGAAUGGGCAAGAUUUGGCCGAACACUUGCAGAGAUUAAUGCAAACCGAGCUGACGCAGAGGAGGAGGCAGCUACCCGAAUCCCUGCCUAGCCCUGAAAAGUGGCUGUAACCUUAGCGAAAUUGGCAAAGAUGAUUAAGUAGAUCUUAAACUAUUUGCAUGCUUCUGAUUAAAUGAGUAUUAAAAGAAAAUUCCAUGGAUAAACUGGGUUUAAUACAGGAAGCGAAGCUUACAAUGCCCUUUUUAUAUUAUAUUCACUUUGUUUUUGAUUGGUGUCAUUUUUAAUACAGCUGACAACUUUACAGAAUGCAGCCUUUUCUGAAUUCUAACACAUGGGUGUAUAUUGUUAAUUAUUCUUUUGGAUUCUUUUGAACUUGUAAUACUAUAUAUAAUUAUUUCUAAAGCACAGAUUAAGUAAGUUCUGCAUAUUUCUAAGUAGCCACAAUUCCUUAUUACGCACUACAGUACAUGAGUCCUUGUCAGUUCCGUUCUCCCUGUCCUGAGUGUGUAGGAAUAUUGUUCUUACUCCUAGCAUGCAGUCACCUACCUGUUCUAAGUUUUAUGUUGAUGCCAUUUUCCUUCUCUAUAGUUCUAUGGUAGUUAUCUAUAAAUAAAAACAAAUAUAUGCUAA